AACACAAAAUUACUUCUCCACAAAAGCUUUCUCUGCCUGGAAAAGUUCAUUCUAGGCUUAGAGGGGUGGUCCGUAUUGUUUAAUUUCCUUAACGGGCCAUAUAGCAUAAUUAUCUGUGAGAUUGGAAGGUAUUGCUGUAGAUAGCCUAUUGCAGGCACACCGGCUGUAACUCCACCACAGAUAACAAGAGUCUUUUCGACGAGAGGAAUUGCUGGGGGAAGAAGAAGAAGAGGAGGAAGAAGAAGAAGAAGAAGUGUUGUUUGGCUUUUCCCCCCAUGAAGAGUUGAAGCCGUCCUCGUCGUGCAUACUCUGCAUAUCACAGGAUUGGGUCUCUCCUCUCUCGUCGAGCUGCUGCAGGACUGGCUAUGGCCACCACUACUUCCGGGAUCCGUCAUUUCAUUCGCCCACCGAUCAGCGCAGCGAACUGACUCUGUUCUAUAAGCAAGCAAGCAGCCAACCUGCCAACACGCGCUGACACUCACUCAUCUCAGACCGCGAGAUAGACCAAAUACCUACGGGGGGAAAAAGGAGGAAAGAUCUGCAACUGCGAUCCCUUAAUUUCUUCUGAUUUUUCUUUUUUUUUUACACUUACAAUAAAACAACACAGCGAUCCGGAGUGAGAGAAGGGGACGCGGACUUGCGGGAUGAAAACGGGCUAAAAAGAUUCAUCUUCUCUUGAACAUCAUCACCAACCAUCAUUCAUUCAUUACCUUGACAACCUCUGGCUUUGAUUGACAGCUGGAGUGGCAAAAAGCCAUGAGACACGACAGUUUAGUUACAUGCAGGUUGUUGAUGGGCCGAUUGUAACCUUCAGUUUGGCGCAUUUUUUUCUUUUUUGAGGAAAGAGGAAAACAAGAAAAAUUGUAAAACUCCUCAUGCUACUACUUCAACUGAAGCACAUUAGCGAAUAGGAGAAUUCGCAAAGUUGUUUGAAAGGGGAAUCUUACUACUAAAUCACUUUCCAACCGUACUGGGAUAUUAAAUAUUCGACACAUUGAGGAGUUUAUUGGAGGGCAGUCUGAUGGCGCAAAGGUACGAUGAGCUGGCCCACUACGGUGGGAUGGACGGUGUGGGAGUCCCGGCGUCUAUGUACGGAGACCCGCAUGCUCCUCGGCCGCUUCCUCAGGUCCAUCACUUGAACCAUGGUCCCCCGCUCCACGCCAGCCAGCACUACGGGGCUCAUGCCCCCCAUCCCAACGUUAUGCCCACUAGCAUGGGCUCCGCUGUCAACGACGUUCUAAAGAGGGAUAAAGAUCAAAUUUAUGGUCACCCUUUAUUUCCCCUGCUCGCGCUGGUUUUUGAGAAGUGCGAGCUGGCGACCUGCACUCCGAGGGAGCCCGGCGUGGCGGGCGGCGACGUCUGCUCUUCAGAUUCAUUCAACGAGGACAUCGCAGUCUUUGCCAAACAGGUCCGCGCAGAAAAACCUUUAUUUUCAUCAAAUCCAGAGUUGGACAAUUUGAUGAUACAAGCCAUACAAGUAUUACGAUUUCACCUUUUGGAAUUAGAAAAGGUGCAUGAGCUCUGCGACAAUUUUUGCCACCGGUACAUCAGUUGUUUGAAAGGAAAAAUGCCAAUAGAUCUAGUUAUUGACGAACGGGAUGGCAGCUCAAAAUCAGAUCACGAGGAGCUAUCGGGAUCUUCGACUAACCUUGCAGAUCAUGUAAGUCCCAUUCUCUCUCUUUAAUAUGGAAUGUAAAAGUUGUUUAAUGUGGAUGCUUUUGUGUAGGCCUAUGGCUAUUGAUUUUUGUCUGCAUGCGUUGGUGCUGUGAAAGGAAUAGUCUGCUGAAAGCGGACGUGUCUGCUCUCUGAGCUUAUUUAUUAUAAACAGUUUUCAAAAUGAUGUUUUUGAAAAGACACUUAAAUAUUUGUUGGCCAUUUCACAUGUCGUGCUGUUUUAGGUUACUUUGGCUGAGUAUAUAUUUAUAUUGUAACCAUAAGCAAAGGGUGCUAAGUGCUUUGUAAAAAAAAAUAUGACGGUCGUUGUUCUAAGGUCAAAAGCUUGGAGUGACACAAUGGAAAGAGUUAUUGUUUUAAUCUUUUGAUUAGGGGCAUUCAUGUGUGUAUAAUGUUUGUGUGUGUGUGUGUGUGUGUGUGUGUUUGUGUGUGUGUGUGUGUGUGUGUGUGUGUGUGUGUG